AAGAGAGUUGUAGCACUGAAGAAAUGGCGGGCAGGAGCAGUGGAGGAGGAGCGAAGGAUCUUCAUGCGGCGGCGAGGUCCGGCGACUUGGCGGCGGUUCAGGCUAUCCUCAGCUCCAAUCCUUUGGCCGUCAAUUCUAGAGAUAAGCAUUCUCGGACACCACUACACUUAGCAGCAUGGGCAGGUCAUGUGGAGGUGGUGAGCUACCUCUGCAAGAACAAAGCCGAUGCAGGAGCUGCAGCCAUGGAUGACAUGGGUGCUGUUCACUUUGCUGCCCAAAAGGGACACUUGGAAGUCGUAAGAACGCUCUUGUCAUCCGGGGUUUCUGUAAAAGCUGUCACUCGCAAGGGCUUUACCCCGCUUCACUAUGCUUCUCAAGGUUCCCACCUCGAACUCGUGAAGUACUUGGUGAAGAAAGGUGCCGAUACCAGUGCCAAGACGAAAGCCGGGAGAACCCCGUUGGAUCUGGCGGAAGACGACGAAGUUCAGAAGUUUCUGAAAGAACUGAAAGAGCAGUCCAAGAAGAAGGCCAAGGAAGUGAAACCACAUAUUCCCGAGGAAGGGGAGGAUGCGAAAAGGAAAGAAGCCAUGGAUGGAGACGAGGAAGAAGAAGGUGAGGUGAGAGCCAAAAGGCCGAAAGUUGCUCUGCAUCACCUUCAGGACAUUGAUGACACGGAAGAAGGUGACCUAGAUGAAACCUUGGAACCACAAAAAUGAUACUUUGUCUUAGCCCAUCUGAAUUGUCUUCCUAAUAGAGUUGUAAGCAUUGUAAGUGAUGGAACAGCUUCUCCAAACUUCGUUCUCUAUGUCCUGCCUUAGUUUUGUUCCUUUUCUUUUAUGAUACUCCAACGAAUAGCUGUUCAAUUUCUGUUCUGAAUCCCGUGGAAAAUGCACAAAGAACUUUUUUUU